AUGCACUCCAGUCAACUGUCCAUUUUAAAUGACCUCAUAAACUCUGUGCGUGGUCAUGAGUUUGUGUGGCUUUUGAUUCAGAACAAGGUCCUCGACUGCCCUUUAGGUAGCCUGGAUAGUCUCAAAGAUGAAGCCAUUGUGAAACGAGGCUUGUCAAGUUCAGGACCUUACAGAGCACAACUUAAGUUAGAAGCAAGAGAAAUUGUGGAAUCAAAAUGGAAAAACAGCAGAGUACUACUGGCCAAAUAUGUGAAGGGGCUUCAGUUUAAAUACACACCACUUGUUCUGGUGAGUGACGUGUCUGAAGUUUACCCUGAAAACAAAUACAAAGAGUCACGUAAACAGAAAUGUAAAAGGUACAUUCCUAAAGAAGACAAGCUAAUUAACAUUGAGGACCUGCUGACCAUGAAAGAAAAGAAGAUCCUACUGGUGGGGAAGCCUGGAAUUGGGAAAACCUUCUGUGUCCUCCAGUUACUGAAUCUGUGGGCUGAAAGCAAUGAUGAUGAUGCACUCUAUAUCUUUUAUUUGGAUGCAGAAAUAGUGCGCCAUGUUAGAGACUCUGCAGAUCUGAGGUCCUUACUGUUCUGUUACUGUAAACCAGACAGAACAAUUGAACGUGAUCUUUUAAGAGAUAUUGAGAAUGGAAAUGCCAAUAUGCUCAUCAUAUUUGAUAGUAUUGAUGAAAUACAGCAGACGUCCCAGGAUCAGAAGAUUGAAAGAGCUAUUGAUAGAAUAUUAAAAAAAUAUGAUUUGAAAAAAGCAAAGAUCAUCGUUACUUGUCGACCUUCUGUAGAAGAUCAUGAGCUACCAGACUGGGCAGACUGUAGAGUGGAAGUACGUGGAUUUGGUGAAAAAUCAAUUUCUGAAUAUUUCAAGACUACACUUGAAGGCCAACCCAUACGUGAGGAAGUUGUGAUUUUGUAUGAGAAGAACAUCAACGUCUUCAGUCUCUGUCAUGUCCCGCAGUAUGCAUUCAUAGUCGUGUGCUACAUGUUGAAUGAAGGCUGCAUGAAGUUACAACAGAAAAUCUCCUCUGUGAGCACUCCAAGUACGGUGACUGAGCUCUAUGUGCACAUAUUCCGCCAUUGUGUUGGUUGGCACAUGUUGAAGGUGACACAUUCUAAGAAGGGAAAGGUUAAUAAGUACAUUGCAGAAAAUAAAGAGGAGAUAAUGAUACUAGCCAAAAAAGCUUUCAAUGCCAUUUUGAGCAAAAGUGUGAAUCUAAUUGAUCAUCAUCUGGAAGAAAUUCCUUGUCAAUCCAUCAAAUGUUGUUUCUUAGGUUCCACCAGCAUUGACGAGACGCUUACCUCCAAAAAAACCUGCUUUGCCUUUCUCCAUAACACAAUGCAGGAGUUUUUUGCUGCUGUUUGGAUUUUGGAAAAUAAAAACGACAUCAGCAACAUAUUUCAGCGCAGCCUGACUGUGGGUGAAAGUCACCUGAAGUAUGUGAUUUAUUUCCUGAGUGGACUUUUUGCCAAAAAGAAUUUCAAAUUAAUGGCAAAUUUAUUUCAGGAAAACUCACCUGAAGCCAUCUCAGAGUCUCUAAUCCGCAACAUAAUCAAGCUCAUUCAGUCAGCUGAAGAGGACAUUGGAGGAGAGGAACGGAUUUUGUUUGCCUUUCAGUGUUUAUAUGAGGCCCAGUCAACUAAGGCGUGUGCUCAGGUUUUGGAGGCCAUCGAUUUUGAGUUCUGCCUGGAGGACGAGCACAUUGACCCGUACCAGAGCCGUGCAGUGACCUACGUAGUGAAUGAAGCAAUCAAGGAGACGUAUUCAGAUUUGAAAAUGCAGGACCUCCUUCUCUUCAUCCUUGGCUACAAACUGCUGCUGGAGUGUACAGAAAGUUAUAGAACAUGGGGGAAGAAGAAAUCUAAUUGCUGUCAACGUGUACUGGAAAGUGGAGAUCAAAAUAUAUUUUUGGAAAUGAUGAAAUUUGAAGUCUACGUGUCCUUACACUGGUAUAGUGAGACACUGAGGACACUGGGACGCUUGAUAAAUAAGUCAGUAAAGAAGGUUACGGUCAUAUUGGAUUCAUCAUUCAGUCGUGACUCACAGAAAACUUUCGUCCUCAUUGUGUCAGAAUGCCUGGAGAAGAUGGCUUCUGUACGUUUUUCUACAGGAUUUGAUGAAAAAUUAUUCAUAACCAUGAUGGAGUUGUGUCAAAAGUAUGAUGAAGUUACAGGAGACAGCAGUCUGUAUAAGUUUGUACAUCUCUUUGGACCCUUGCCAAAUACAGUGGACUGCAAAGACACAUCUUGGAUUAAUCAGAUAGACUUCAGUUUUUUACAGAAGUAUCUUAAUAGGGAUAUACAAGAAUGGCACCCAUACAGUAAAACUUUACCAGACCUGGAUGAAUUCAUCAUCAGCACCCUCAUCAACAUUUCAAAGAAUGACAGGACGUGUUACAGUGACAUCCGUCAAUACAUUCAACAGAGCAGAAAUGUCAAACUUUCAGAUAAGGAAGUCUUUCUAUCCUGGAGGUGGAAUAAAGUGAUACUGAACAGCAUGAUGAACUUUGUAGAGAGGCCUUCAACUCAGGUUGACAUAAUACUGGACGCCAUAGUCUAUGAAAUGUAUGAUUUCAUCUGCCAUGUAUCUAACUGCUUAGAUAAGAUAUCCUCCAUACGAGCUGAAAGGAAUGGAGGCAGAGUGCUGGUCAGCUUCAAGGCUGUCAUGGCUGAAGUGUUGAGGCAGAGGGUUUGUGUUGCCAGCUCCAGAUAUCAGCAGAUAUGCUGA